CCUAUUGUAAUUGCUGCUUUAUGUCCGGAUCUGAUAAAAUUAUUUAUGCAUGAUAUUUGCCGUAUCUGACCACUGAUCAUAUACUACUGGCGCAAAGUCUUCAUUAAGAGGAAUUGAUAACUCUACAAGAAGCCUUUCGCCAUCACAUUCACUCAACAAAUCUUCAGAAUUAUUCUCAGCAGAUGUGAGCAGGAAUUGCAGGCGAAACAACAAUAGGGCCAAGUUAAUGACAACAUUUCCUUGCUGCAAUGAUACGGAUAAUGAUUUGAUCAGAGAUUUGGCUAGCACCAUGAGUGCGUGACGGCAGGCAGUUUACAUGGACGCUUUAAUCUUACAAAGGUGUGAGUAUUUUACUAGUUUCAGAGAGCGAUCGAUCCGGAAUGUUUUUUUCUUCUCCUUCUUUUAAAAUGCACGUGUUGGCAGUCUCCGCCCAUUUAGAAUGCUGACAGACGGAAAGAAUUGUUUGAAUUCACGGCGUACAGUUACAACAGUGAAAGUGCGCGAGCAGUAUGAAUGAAAUCGUAUCCAUAGACGCUGGCCGAGCGGAAAUGUCUAACAAUUUCAGUGAAGCAAUUCUGAUGACAAUCUCCGAAGCACAGCUUAAUAUGACGACGUUUAACGCGUCUUUGACAACGAAUGAUUCAAACUCUAGUCUUAGUAAACAUGCAUUUCUGUCGGAUGAGUCUCUUUCAGGAUUAAUAGUUUUAUAUACUUUAACGACUUUACUUUCAAUAACGGGAAACAUUUUUGUGGUCCUUGUCUUUGCCAAAGGACGACAUUCUCGAACUGAUCUGCGACCGUUCCUCAUCAAUCUGGCGGUUGCAGAUUUAGUUAUGGCAUUUUUUUGUAUGCCUUUUACUUUCGCAGACACCAUCCUGGGACAAUGGGUUUUCUACAAACCCAUUUGCACGCUGGUGCUCUUUGUUCAACUGUUUUCUGUGGCAGCAAGUGUCAUGACAAAUAUGGCGAUAGGGAUAGACCGAUUCCUUGUGGUCCUUUUCCCCUUGCGAUCAAGAGUAACAUAUUCUCGCUCAAAAUAUGUCAUAACUGUCAUAUGGUUUUGUGCGUUUUCCUUAGCCUCCGUGCAGUUUUUUGUUGGUAGGGCCCAGAAACACGGGGACAUUUAUAAGUGUGUUGAGGUGUGGCCCACCCCGGGCUCCCGGAAGAUUUACACAGUGUGCUUGUUUUUGUUUACUUACAUAAUUCCACUUUUAAUUCUUGCCAUAACAUACGCUAUCGUGGGAAUUCUUCUUUGGAAAAGGACAGCUCCCGGAAAUAAGGAUCAAACGCGGGAUUUACAUAGAUUAAGGUCAAAGAUCAAGAUUGUCAAAAUGUUGGUCAUAGUAGUCGCAGUAUUCGGGGUGUGUUGGCUUCCUCUUCACGUCUUUGCGAUGCUUGUUGACUUCUACGAGGGGUUUCUUCAGUUCGAGAAUGAACAGGAACACUUGAGAGUUUUAAUCAUGUUCCUAUGCGUCCACUGGUUAGCUAUGUCGAACAGUUUUGCUAAUCCAAUCAUUUACGGGUUCACAAAUGAAAAUUUCAGGAAAGAUCUAGCGCUGCUGUUUUACAUGUGGUGUCCCUGUUGUGGCUGUUUACAAAGAAUUCUACCAAGAACCACAAGCUCCCAGUCCCGUACCAAAGACAGCUUUAUCCUGAAACAGCAGAGUACGUUAAAGCGGGGAUACCGGCCAGGGCACAACUCUGUCUGCUACAGAAACAAUGUUGAUAGGCUUCCCAGAUAUAUGUCUGUUAAAAUGUGUGGUCAAGACAGCAAAGAAAGCGGCUCGGAGUGACGCUUUGCCUCCGAUUAACUUCUUAAUCUCUUGACGCUUCAUCUUCUCGUCACUGGAGUAUAUGUUUUUGACGUUCUAUUAAACGAAAACUUGAUUCUUAGUAUCCAUGCACUGCUAUGUUCCCUUUUGAUUUAUUUGCGCAAUUUCUGGUCGAUCGUAAAUUUUGUAUCGCGUCUGUUGCACGGAUUCAACUGAAUUGCGCGCCAAAGUGCAAUUCAAAAUUACGCGGUAACGAUAAAAAUAGAAGUAGACGUUGAUCAAGUUGAUGUUCUACUGUCCAUUUUGACAAGUGACAGUGAUCAUUCGUCAAGAAUUGUUCCUUUGAUGAAAAAGUUCAAAGAAUGGAUCACACCCCCAAACCGAGUGCACUCAUUUUUCAUUAGUUCACCGAGCACGCCAUUUUGAGAAUUCAUCAACUCACUUUUCCAUUCGAUAUAUAAUUACUGUCAUUAUAUUACCACGUGGUCAUGUAUGCUCAGUUUCGAGAAGACUUGUCUCAUUAAAAAAUUCUUACAUAGUAAUUGCAAGUGCUAAAACAUCAGGAUCAAUUUAUCUCAAAGUGCUAAUAUCUGUUCGAAUCGUUACGAAAACUACAAUCGGUGCAAACUUUCUUGGAAUGAAAAGAACUCAGAAGUGCGAAGGAAAAUUGCUCCUGUGUGUAUAGUAAAAAAUAAACGUAUAUUGGUUAACGUUGAGAAAGUACUGAAAUACACACUAAUACAAGAGUGUGGCCAUCACAUCUGAUUUAUUUCUUUGUGAUUUGAGAGUAAAUUAGAUGAAUUUUGUUGGCAUCAAUGAAAAGAGCCGACAAGAGACGUGAUGUGAAAGUGAAUCAUGGUCUAUUCAUCUAUCUGGUUGUGAUUUAAAUAAGGAUGACUAACCAGUACAAAACUGUACAGUCAUGUAUAUUGAAAUUUUAUUUGAGAAAUAUUUAUCAAUUUUAUGUUUUUAUUUAAAAAGACAAUAAAAUUAUGAAUCUAUUCCCAAAUACUUAACAUGAAAUAUCGUUUCUGAAUGAUUUUUAUGUACAUGUAUAGCAAUAAACAAUUCGAAUUUUGUAAGAAACGACGGGACUCUACAUUGUAAUUGAAAAUAAAGCAAUUAUAUAAUUAUGUAAUUUUGCUAUGAAAUUGUUUUUAACCAAUUGCGAUUUUACAAAAGCACGGUUUAGAAAUACAUUAUUCUCUGUUGUUGUUGUUGUUCAGUAUACAUGUAUCUUUAUCAUCGUUACAUGUAGGUGCAUCUUUGUGAAACCUAGUCCAUUUAACGAAUUCAUCAUCCAGUUUUGUUUAUGACAGAAUGUCCAUAUCACAUAUUUAUGAAUACAUACUUUAUGAUUCUAAUAAUACGAAUGAACUUUUGAAGAAUUA